UCAUUCAACCCGGAAACAGGAGCAAAACGCUGCUCACCGUUUUCAGAGUAAACGUGUCCCUGCUGUCAGCGAGGUCUCACUCUGUUCAACUUUAAUUUGAAAACUUUGAACUUCUGGUUGAACGGAACAUUUAGCGUCAUGUUACCAUAGCAACGGAGCAGCUCGACCGGAGGACGCAGUGUAACACAGCCUUCAUCUUCAUCAGCAUCAUCAGUCUGACCGGAAACAUGUCAUCGCCGAGGGUGGGCGUGGUCAGGGACUCCAUGAUGACCAAUCCGCUGCUGAUUAAGGCGUCUCUGGGUCAGACCAGGUCCAGAGGUUUGUCAGUUCCUGGUCCAGAUUUCACUUUUGGAACCAACAGCAGCUCGCUGAGAGAUGGGGGCGUGGCUGAAGUUCUGUCCAGUUGGAGGGUCCAGUCCAGACGAGGAGACUCUGCUCCACAGCGACCGCUCGUCCCGGACUUCGUGUCUCUGAACCGAGAAGCCGUGAAGUCCGGUCUGGUGACGUCCAAAGAGCUGAGUCAGUACCGGGCCCAGGGGGGCGGGGCCAGGACAAGGCCUCCUGCCCCCAAACAGCAGGAAGGAGGGGCAUCAUGGCGCCCGGCGGUGCCCGACAUCACCUUUGGAGUCACAACAAGGGCGUCAUCUCCGCUGUCAGACCUCCUCUCUCACCAGUACGCUCGCCGCUGGCUCGACCAACAGCUGAGCAGGAAUCAAACCAGCAACCACAGAGAGCUGCACAGGAUUAAACCAGGCUGUAUUCCAGACACCAGGACCAGUCUGCUGAGGAGAAGCAGAGCUCUGCCUGUCACACAGACACCAUUCAGACUGCCACGCUUCUCACAGGUUCCUCCUGCUCUGGACACUUUCAGGGACCAGGACGCUCGUCUCCGGGCGCUCAGGGCUCAUCAGUCAGACUCUGUGUGCAGGAGAGGACAUCAGGGUCAGGGGACAUACAGUCUGGACUGACCUGAGGACAAAACAGACUGAACCUCUGUCAGAACAUCUGAACACUAAUGCGAAUAAAAAAAUAAAGAGUCA